AUGGAAGCGCCCAAAGUCCCGAGAACUAAUAAGCCCCAAAACCGCCGCAAGGUGAAAACAGGCUGUCUCACUUGCAAAAAACGUCGAGUCAAAUGUGACGAGGCAAGGCCUUCAUGUGAAAGAUGCGUCUCAACGGGUCGCGUGUGUGACGGCUACGGAAUCUGGGACAGUAUUAGCAAAGCCCCCGGCAAGCGCAAAGACGGGCGAGCCAGUACGCUCUCAAACACCAUUGUGCUCUCUCAAGUUCACGAGGUUCCUGGGAAACUCUACAGCAUCGGGUUUGAAUACUUUCGCACGUAUACCGUCAACAAAUUGCCGGGGGUCUUUGAAUCCGGGUUCUGGAAUUCGCUGGUGUUUCAAGCUUUCGUUGAAGAUCCUGCCGUUCUACAUGCGGCAACUGCUCUUGGUGCAGCACAUAAGAACGAGGAGGCAAUCUCUUUGGUGGAGUACAACCAGGCAAUACACCAUCUUCGUCGACAUCUAAAUCGUCUGGACAAUGACGCACUCCGCGUGUCACUGAUAACAUGUAUGAUCUUCGCCUGUCUUGAGUUGCUCAGAGGAGGCUUUAAAACCGGGCAUGCGCACUUGAGCAAUGGCAUGCAACUCCUUCGAGAAAUCCAAACACGUCAGGGCAUCACAUCGUUGGAUGGUCCUAUUAUUUUGCGGACGCAUCCUCACUCUGUCGAGGACGCGUUAGUUGAAGUGUUUGCUCGACUCAACAUCCAGGCAAUGCUUUUCGGACAAGUGUCAACCCAUCACAUCUUUGUUAGUGAACGCGCGCCAGACGGACCAAAAUACAAUAUUCCAUCACAUUUUGAGAACCAUACCGAAGCUCGAAAACAUCUUGAUUCUCUUAUCAACGGCGUCUAUAAUCUAACACAGCAGGGUAGAAAUAUCCUUCACAACCAAAGGCAAACCUCAGAGCAGGUAUAUCGAUGGAAAGAGGAACUCGACGUCGCCCUGAUACGGUGGCUGCAGGCUUUCAACUCCAGCCAGAGAGGAUUACUUGCGAAUCUCACCCCACGGAAAAUGUAUCGUACACCUCUUCUGCGUCUGUAUCAUACAAUGGCCACAAUCAUGGCCGCAACAUCUUUGCGUGGCACCGAUGAGACCAUCUUUGAUUCGUAUAACCCAGAUUUCGGGGCCCUUCUUAAGCAAGCAGUCAAGUUAUGGGACAUCAUGCACAACGCGUACGUGGCAUACAAAAAGCUUACCGGAUAUGUAAUGCCUGCGGUUUGCUUCACGGCAGAUAUGGGUUUUAUUCCACCAUUAUAUUACACAGUUGUCAAGUGUCGUCAGCCCAACUUGCGGCGGAUGGCCAUCGAAAUUCUCAUGUCGGCUCCUCAUCGAGAAGGGGCCUGGAGCGGCCCUCUUGUGGCUCGCAUGGCAAAAUACUUCAUGGCUAGAGAAGAAGGGGGCAUUUAUAAGGAGCUUGAUAUUGUGCCGACCUAUCAACUAGGGCAGAGUGAGCUGCCUGUUGUACCUCCCUUAUCACGGUUCAACGAUAUUAAAAUUUCUCUGCCUGAGCGUGCCGGCGGUAAAGCAAUAUUAUUUUGUAGUCGAUAUCGGGGAAGGGGCGAGUGGAUCACAGACAAUCAAGAGUUUGACGUGGCAUUGGAAGAUAGCGUUAGUUCUCGCGUUUGGGACUCUGAUGCUACCGCAUAUUUUGCCAGAUUGUGGAAUGGAGGGGAUUGA